UUUCCUAUACAAUAUUUUACAUAUUAAUAAUAUUCUAUUAUCUUUUACAAAACAAAAAAAUACACUUUGCUUUCUUUAUUUCCAUUGUUUUCAUUUAACGCAAUCCAUCUCUAUUCACAUCUAUAAUCUUAAACUCCAACUAGAAAAAUGGAUAAGCAGGAGCAGCAGUCAGGAACAAACAUUCCGGGUGGCAAUUUCAUUAUAGAUGCGCCCAAGCAGCUUGUCAAGGAGGCGACUUGGAUUCUGCGCCGGUGCGCCAAACCCAACAGAAAGGAGUACCUGAAGAUCGUGCAGGCGGUGGUCAUGGGAUUUUUGGUCAUGGGCUUUGUUGGAUACUUCACUAAGCUCAUUCACAUCCCCAUCAACAACAUCAUCGUUGGUGGUGCGUAAUCACGUUUUUCUGUUGGAAUGAUAACGAGGCUCGGUGCGGAGCAGUUUUUUUAUAACGUGUUGAAAGAUGACACGUGAGUAUAGUUUCCUUUUUGUUUUGUUUCAUUAUACUUUUUUUUUUUUUUUUUUUUUUUUU